UCUAUGCCUUUAUAGUUCAUGACAUUUUGAAAGAAUUUAUUGGCAUUUGGCAAAUAGUCUUAAAUUUAAUUAUAUUCUUAGUUUCUGUCGAUUAUUAUUUUUAUAUAUCAUGAGUUUUAUCGCAAGAACCAGAACGCCAUUAUUGCGUGCAAUUUACAAUAUUAGAAUGUAUUCCGGAGAACCGGGAUCAGGAGCUGGAAAGGGUGGUGGUGGUGGUGGUGCCAUUCGUGAAGCUGGUGGCGCUUUUGGCAAGAUGGAAGCAGCCAGAGAAGAUGAAUUCUUUUACAAAAAGCAAAAAGAACAACUGGCAAAUCUUAAAGGUCAUUUAGACAAGGAAAUUUCCUUCCAUCAAGAACAGAUCAAACGUCAUGAGGAUGCUAUCAGACGUCACAAGGAACAAAUGGCUGAAAUGAACAACAAAUAGUUUUUGAUUCUAAACCUGAAAAGUCCUGUAGAUUAUCUGUAUUGUAUAACAUUAAAAAACUACUAUUAAAAUAUAAGAUGUGAAACAUUAUUGUUUAAGAUGUCCAUUUUUGCUUUUAUUUAAUUUAGUUACUAGUCUUGAGACAUCAAAUAUAUUUUACAGGCAUUAUAA